GUGAACUGUGGGCUUCACAACGCAGGCUGCUGUUCAGACCACAACUUCUCUGGGACCUGCGGUCUAGAAGAUGGGAAAAAGGAUGAGCAUGCUGGAAGACCCAGCCCAGCCAGACCUUGAAAGCUGCAGAGGCACCAUGAGUACCGAGGAAGAUGCCAAGUGGCUUCAGUGGGUGACACACCAGUUUGAGACCAUUGCGGGAAAAGACAGGGAGAUCAACCUGCAACAAUUCAAAACAGCCCUGAAUGUGAAAGAGUCCUUCUUUGCAGAGAGAUUCUUCACCCUGUUUGACUCCGACGGAAGUGGCACCAUCACCCUCCAGGAGCUGCUGGAGGCGCUGACCCUGCUCAUCCACGGCAACCCCAUGGACAAACUCAAAUUCCUCUUCCAGGUGUACGAUGUUGAUGGCAGCGGCUCCAUCGACGCGGACGAGCUGCGCACCGUGCUGCGGUCGUGCAUGCGCGAGAGCGCCAUCUCGCUGCCCGACGAGAAGCUGGACCAGCUGACGCUGGCGCUCUUCGAGUCGGCCGACAAGGACUGCAACGGCGCCAUCACCUUCGACGAGCUGCGGGACGAGCUGCAGCGCUUCCCCGGGGUCAUGGAGAACCUGACCAUCAGCGCUGCCCACUGGCUGACGCCCCCCGCCGCCCCGCGCCGCCCGCGCCGUCCGCGCGCUCUGACCUGGGCCUACUGGCACAACCACCGCAGCCACCUGCUCUGCCUGGCGGCCUUCGCGGGCCUCCACCUGCUGCUCUUCGCGCUGGCGGCCAGCGAGCACCGGGCCCGGGGCGCCAGCGUCAUGGUGGCCAAGGGCUGCGGCCAGUGCCUCAACCUCGACGGUAGCUUCAUCGCGGUGCUGAUGCUCAGGCGCUGCCUGACGUGGCUGCGGGCCACGUGGCUGGCUCAGGUCCUGCCACUGGACCAGAACAUCCAGUUCCACCAGUUCAUGGGCUAUGUGGUGAUUGUGCUCUCCCUCGUACACACCGUGGCCCACAUAGUGAACUUCGCGCUCCAGGCUCAGGCCGAGGCCAGCCCCUUCCAGUUUUGGGAACUGCUACUCACGACGAGGCCUGGCAUUGGCUGGAUCCACGGCUUGGCCUCCCCGACCGGUGUGGCACUACUGCUGCUACUGCUUCUCAUGUUUGCCUGCUCCAGCUCCUGCAUCAGAAGGAGCGGCCACUUUGAGGUGUUCUACUGGACCCAUCUGUCCUACCUUCCCAUGUGGAUUCUGCUCAUUCUGCAUGGGCCCAACUUCUGGAAGUGGCUGCUGGUUCCUGGCACCCUGUUCUUCCUAGAGAAGAUCAUCGGGCUAGCGGUGUCCCGCAUGGCAGCCCUGUGCAUCGUGGAAGUCAAUCUGCUUCCCUCCAAGGUCACCCAUCUCCUCAUCAAGAGGCCCCCUCUCUUCCACUACAGGCCGGGCGACUACUUGUACCUAAACAUCCCCACCAUCGCGCGCUACGAGUGGCACCCCUUCACCAUCAGCAGCGCUCCAGAGCAGAAAGACACCAUCUGGCUACACAUCCGGUCUGAAGGUCAAUGGACCAACAGGCUGUAUGAGUCCUUCAAGACAUCAUGCCCCAUGGACUGUGACCCCAAACCACUGUCAAGGAAUUUGAAGAUGAGGAGGAGCCAGAGGAGGCCGGAGAGUUUGGAGCACCAGGACAUCCAUUCGGGAACCUCGGUACAGGGAGCAGUGGCCUACAGCAAGGAUGUCACUGUGGAACUGACAUCCUACAGGCCCAAGGGAACUGCACAGCAGGGGGACCAAGGCCUAGUAUCCACGGCAGUGACAAAGAAAGGGGCUCAGGCACGGUGGAGAGCCAUAGCCGAGCCAGGCCAGGUCUCUGAGAAGUCCUCUGAGAACCACCUGUUUUGUAACAUCAAGUGCUACAUUGACGGCCCUUACGGAACCCCCACCCGCAGGAUCUUUGCCUCUGAGCACGCAGUGCUCAUUGGCGCGGGCAUUGGCAUCACCCCCUUUGCUUCCAUCCUGCAGAGCAUCAUGUACAGGCACCAGAAGAGGAAGAACAUUUGCCCCAGCUGCCAGCACUCCUGGAUGGAUAGCGCCCAGGAUGAGGACAUGAAGCUCCACAAGGUGGACUUCCUGUGGAUCAACCGAGACCAGAGAUCUUUCGAGUGGUUUGUGAGCCUGCUGACCAAACUGGAGAUGGACCAGGCCGAGAUAUCACAAGAGGGCCCCUUCCUGGAGCUGCAUAUGUACAUGACCUCUGCACUAGGCAAGAAUGACAUGAAGGCCAUUGGCCUGCAGAUGGCCCUCGACCUCCUGGCCAAGAAGGAGAAGAAGGACUCCAUCACGGGCCUCCAGACACGCACCCAGCCUGGGCGGCCUGACUGGAACAAGGUGUUCCAGAAAGUGGCUGCUGAAAAGAAGGGCAAGGUGCAGGUCUUCUUCUGUGGUUCCCCAGCUCUGGCCAAGGUGCUCAAGGGCCACUGUGAGCAGUUCGGCUUCAAGUUCUUCCAAGAGAACUUCUAGCCUCAUCUCUCCCAGUUCUCCCAAGCCCACAUUGCCGGCCAACUUGAUCCCAUCGCCCCAGUGCCCCACAGAGGCCAGCCUCAGGAGCCACCUGGUCCUGCUCCACACACACAGCAGGAGCACCCAGGCCAGGUGCACCUCCUUCAGGACCCUGGGGAAAAGCGGGUGGCCUGGGCCCUGUGCUGCUGUGCACUCUGGGGUUGCUGAGAAACUGAGGGGGGGGUGCUUCCCAGGCCACUGCUCCUCCGAAAAGUCCUCCGAGGGAGCCUUCCCCUACAACAGUGGUCCGCCACCUGCCAAAUCAUUCGGGAUUUUUAUCCCAACAUUUUAUUUUAUUUUUCCAUGCAUCCACGUAUCUUGUUUUUCUGAUGCAUUUCCAAGCCCGCUUUGCCCGUCUGAGGAGCGUCCUUUACGUGCACACUCCUGGGUCCCGCUCACAGCAAUUCUGAUUGUGAAGUUCUGGAGGCGAACCCCGGAAAAUGUAUUUUAUUCAAAACCCAUCCUCUUAGGAUGAGAUGAGCACCAGAUUUCCCACCUCUCUCUCUCUGUCACCAUCUCCCUAUCUGUGUCCCUUCCCACCCCGCAUCGCUCCCCCUGCCUCUCUCUGCCUCUCCCCUGCCUGCGUGUGUCCCCUGGUGUCCCUUCCCAGCUCCACGUGUUGGUUUCUCCCUUGUCCCCAUGCCCUGAGUCAUCAGAGGAACAGGUAGGAGACAGUCUGUGGCUGCGUCCACCUGAGGGGGACACAGGAGAGCCAUGCACCUGGAAACCUCGUUGCUUGAAGCUCAGCUGAGCCACACGGCUGUGGUGCAGCCCUGGAAACCUCUCCGCGACUGACUCUUCAUCUGAGAAAUGGCACUGGUGACAUCACCCGGUCACAGUUGUCAUGAGAGCAAAAUGGGACGUCGAUGCUCAGGACAUACAUCUUCCAUCCCCGCAUGGCUCUCUGUGUCUCUGCACCUCGUCCCUAGGCAGCCUUUGUCUCAUCUGUCACUGUGUGCUGGAGUACCUGGCAGGGACAGCGAAAGCCCAA